AUGCGCUAUGCAGGGCGUGGAGCUGGAGGCGAUGGGUCGCGUGGUCGAGCGGGAUCCCCAUUCCGCGGAGGCGAUAGAGGUGGGUUUCGCGGCGGCGGGGACAGAGGAGGCUUCCGCGGUGGGGAUAGAGGCGGUUUCCGUGGCGGGGACAGGGGUGGUUUCCGGGGAAGAGGUGGAUUCGGUGGACGCGAGCAAGGCGGUGUCUAUCUUCCUGACGAACCCGCCCGCCUGGAUGCACGUCUGCAAGACAACGCGCAGGAUGCACUCGUCGCAUCGUUCAGAAACUUGUCCAUCACCCAGAGGCCGAAUACACUCCCUCCUCGACCGGACUUUGGAGCAAAGGGCAGGGUCAUCGCACUGCGGACUAAUUUCUUUCCCGUCACAGUACCUAAAGGACCCUUCUACGAAUACGACGUGUCUAUCACGCCUACCGCCGGCACAGCUAUCAAGCGCGUCAAGAGGCGCAUCUGGCACUUGGCUGAAGACAGCCCUGACUGGACGCAAAAGGGAUUGAAGAACAACGUUGCUCAUGACCACAGUCAAAAACUGAUCGCAGCGAGGAAAUUACCUCAACCUCUAACUAUUGACAUACCGUUCUUCGAAGAGGAAGAGGAUGGACCCAAACCCGGGGGCAAAGUUUACACGCUCACCAUCACUUAUGUACAAGAACUCGAAACCGAAAGUCUGAACAGUCAUCUGGCGGGUGAACCACACUCUCGCGAGUAUGAUUUCCAACCGAUUAUCGCAGCUCUCAACUUGAUUCUGGCCGCCCACCCGAAUCGCUCUGUAGGCGGUGGGGUCAUGGUUGGCCGUAACCGCUUCUUCUUCCCCUCCGAACGUUCGCCCCCGGUCUCCCUUGGUGGCGGCUUGGAGGCAUGGAGAGGAUUCUACUCGUCUGUCCGGCCCGCAUACAAGCAACUCAUGGUUAACGUGAACGUUUGCACCACCGCAUUCUACAUCCCGGGAAAUCUGGCGGAUUCGAUGAUCACGUUUGGCAACUCUACGUUUGGCGCGAACAUGAAGGGGUUCGUGAAGGGGGUUCGAGUCAAGGCCACGCAUCUCGGGUACAGAAAAACCGUAAAAACGAUCGUUAACAAAACCCCUCGUCAGCACGCCUUCGACUGCGCUGAUCUUGGCGGUCGUGUCACCGUGGAACAGUAUUUCCAGCGAAAGUAUGGCAUCACGCUCAAGUACCCCACGCAGCUGCCGCUCGUCGAUGUAGGCGGUCAGAAGCAAAACCUGCUACCUCCGGAAUUAUGCGAAAUUUUGGAGAACCAGCCUUUCCGGGGAAAACUCACAGACGAUCAUACAGCGAAUAUGAUCACUGCUGCUUGCAAGCCGCCUAACGUCAAUGCGCAGGCCAUCGCAGGCAUUGGGCUCGACGAACUGGGCUUCCGCCAACGUGCGGCGCCGUUGCCCACGUUCGGUGUCUCCGUCGGCCCCCAAAUGGCGGUGGUGCCGGGUCGCAUCCUGUCAGCGCCGAGAAUCACUUACGGCCAGGGCUCGCCCGCCGUGGACGAACGCGCCAGCUGGAACCUGCGCAACGUAAAAUUCGCUGUCGGCGCUCGCUUGGAGAAGUGGGCGGUCCUCUUGAUCAAAGACGGCAACCCCAGGGACGAGUUCGAAGGACCUACAGAUCCCUUGUUGACGCCUACCCUCAAAGGUUUUGCCGACAUGUGUCGAACGAGCGGCAUGAACGUGCCUAAUAGUCCACCGCCCGUUGUAGUUGCACAUCUUCCUCGCAAAGAACAGGGGGAUCCCACUCGUGACGCCGCAAUCAGGGCGAUCCGUGAUGCGAUCAAGAGUACCCCAUCUAAACCAAAAUUUCUCUUCGUUAUUUUGUCCAACAGCGACAAGCACGUCUACUCCGGUCUCAAGCACUUAUGCGAUUCGUACCUAGACUUACCCACAGUCUGCGUCAUCUCUAGCAAGUUCCGAAAGGAGAAGGGCCAGCUGCAAUAUUUCGCUAACGUGGCACUCAAAGUCAACAUGAAAUUAGGUGGGGUGAACCAUAUGCUGGACCAGGGCAGCAUGGCAUGGCUAAAGAAGGAGCCUACUAUGCUCGUGGGGAUGGAUGUCACCCACCCAGGGUUUGGAACCGUCAAGGGGACCCCAUCCGUCGCCGCGGUGGUUGCAAGCAUCGACGAUAAAUUUGGGCAGUACCCUGGAAGCUUGAGAAUUCAAGAAAGCAAGAAAGAGAUGAUAUCCGACUUGAGUGCUAUGAUGGUAGAGAGACUAAACACUUUCAAGGCUAAGAGUGGUAGGCUUCCGACUCGCAUUCUGGUCUAUCGCGAUGGUGUUAGCGAGGGACAAUUUAUGCAGGUGGUUCUGGAAGAGGUUCCCCAGGUCCGGGUUGCGUUUCAGACAUUCUCGACACCACAGACACCGUACAAGCCAAAGCUAUCUGUCGUCAUCUGCGGAAAGCGGCACCACACCCGCUUCUACCCCACCACAGCAGCGGAUGCCGAUAAAGAUGGCAAUCCCCGCCCUGGAACUGUCGUCGAUCGAGGUGUAACCGCCAUUUACGAAUUCGACUUCUUCCUCCAAGCACAUGGUGGACUCCAGGGUACAACGCGGCCCACGCAUUACUAUGUCGUUGUCAAUGAGAUCGGGUUCAAGUCAGAUGAACUACAAGGUCUCACGAACGAUGUGUCGUAUAUGUUCGCGAGAGCUACCAAGGCUGUGAGCUUGGUGUCUCCUGCUUAUUAUGCGGAUCUCGCUUGCGAAAGGGGCCGAUGCUAUAUCCAUAAGCUUCUGCAAGGAAUAUCGAGCGGCGUAUCGACGACGACAAGCAACACGAGCACCGAGGACAUCGUUAUGCGCGAGGCAACUGCUCUGUGGCACAAUGGACCAGGCAAGAACAUGCAGACGACCAUGUUUUACCUUUGAAGGUGCCGCCACCUGGCUUUGGCAUCUUCCGAGCAGUUAUCUUCUGAGCAGGGUCACUUCUUUGUAUAAUACUGAAUUGUCAGCAAGGUCUUGCGAUGCCGCACGAUGUUGUUGACAGUUCGGGGUGUAGUUGUACGGGAGCGAGGGCCAGGAUACGUGGCCCUAUACUGCAGCUGCUCAUCGCGUUUGGUGUAGGCAGUAUACUCGUCUUCGCUCCGGUGUGUUCUUGUAUUUUGUAUUCGACUCGUUUAGUCAACGGUCUCCGUCGUGUUGCUGGCAUGUAACAGUAGAUGUCAUCUCCGUGCUAUUGCGCGGAAUGUGCGGCAGAUGACUAUAUUCCAUUAUAAAUUCCAGUGUCCCUAAUCAGCAGCGACAGUAGCUCUACUCAGCCACUCCCCGUAAUAGACGCAUCCACUGGGAUUGACAGGUCCACCCUCCUUGCAGAAAUCGAAAACAGGGCACCGCCCACACGGUGUUUGGUCGAGUCCAGUGGCAAACAAAGAGAGACGCUCCGAGCGUAUUGCCCGAUACACAUAUGCUGCGCCGAAGGCAUCGUGAUCGAAACCGGGGUACGUUGAACCUCCUCUUUCGGGGCUGGUCGAUCGUGAGCGCUUGUGGGACUUGGAUUUCGACCUGGCCUUGGAGCCAGACUUCGAGCGCCGAUCGAUAUCGGUGUCACUAUCAGAUUCAUCCUCGGAGCUGCCCAUACCUCGACGUUGGCUUUUAUCGCGAUGCCGAGAUUUUGACUUGCUCUUCUUCCUCCGAUCGCCAUCGGUGCUAUCCUCGUCACUGGAUGCAUCACUGUCGCCCUCCUGAACCCUUCGUUUUUUGCUUUUCCGCUUCCUUCGCCUUUCGUCACUGUCCGUUUCGCUCUCACUCUCGCUUGAUUCCUGUUUGCGUUUUCUCGAAGAUUUGCUCUUCAGUUUGGACCUCGAUCUUGAUUUGGACCUGGGUCGUUCGUUUUCCGAGUCUGAUUGCGAAUCAUCGCCGCCUGACUCGGAGUCCGACGUCUCAGCGCGUCUGAGCCUUUUUCGCCUUACAUCAUCGUCAUCACGGCUCUUGCGCUUCUUUUUUUUCUUGGAGCGCUCUUCAUCAUCACUGUCGUUAUCAUUGACUCCGGAAUUCGCCU